AUGAGAGAUGAGGCUGGAAACUCCGCUGGUCACGCCGCGGUGGAGACGUCCGAGGCCUCGAAUCAGUUGUCGCCGGUUCCCUCGAAUGCACACAGCAUCUCGUCGACCAAGGGCCCCGCAUCACGAUCGUGGCUCACCAAUGUCCGCCGACCACGCACUUCACCCGGGCCUCGAGCUUUCUCCCUGAAGCGGACGCUACUGAACGAGGACGACGACCGCAGAGAUUCGGCCUUAGCACCCUCCAAUGGCACUACCACCAACGAACCGCCCUCACCUACUAGCCUGCGCAAGACGCCGAGUCUGCCUGCCAUUGUAGUGCAGGAUGAACGCUCCUCAGGUCCCAAGGGCCAUGCGUCACAACGACGUUGCUCACUAGACGAUGCCACAUGCGAGCAAGAGGCCGAGUUCCCUGGCCUAGACACGUACAUUCCUACAGGCAGCUUCGACGACUUCUCUUCGGACGCGCAGAUAUCUUUCUCCAAGCGAGGCAGCAUGAUGUUGGGUGGCAAGAAGGUAAACAGGCGAAGCAAACAAAUGGAUCUCCUUGUGGAAGCCGCGCCCGCACCAAGCACACCACCGCGACAAAAGGAGCAGGCGCAGCCAAAUGAAUCACCCAAGCAGGACCCUUCACCCUCACCCACACCCGCGACGAAGCACCUCUCACCGCGAUCCACCUCACGUUACUCGACCCGCGCACGAUCAACGAACCACCGAGUACUAUCAGCCGAUGAGAUGACACUGUCGCGCAAAGUUCGCUGCAUGUACAUGCAUGGCAACGAGAGUGCUGUCAACUGGGAUACACCCGAGGAGGAGACAAGCAGUGUUCAGAACAGCUACCUGGGGAGCAGCGCUGUUACCAACACCCCAGCUAAUGGUUCGUCGGUGCUCGUGGAAGGCAACGAGGACACAAGUUCACUCAUAAGCUCACGACACGGGAGUGUGAUAGUCAAAGAACCUACAGAGGCAGCCGGUGGACUCGAGGACUGGGCGGAUCUUGACGGUGGAGAGGUCGACCGAUACGGUUUUAUCAUACCUAAAAAGACAAAGUCGAAAUCCGACGCCGACGGCCCAGACGGACCCGACGUGCCCCGCAUGCAGCGAGUCACUACAACACUACAACUGCUGUCUGAAGAGCCUAGACGACGGCGUCUAGGGCGCAGCGCAUCGAGAGCUCGCUCUACUCGUUCUGUAGACCCACGCUCAGGCUCACCUAAGCGGCGGCUUUCUGGCAAAUCUUCAAGACCCGCCAGAUCGAUUUUCUCAGGUCGCACUUCAGAUACGCACAGCAGUCACAGGCCCCUGCGACACGCGACAAACAGGUUACCCCAUAAUCGGGACCGCAGGCUGAGGGACGAGGCGAGUGACAUGCUCAAGCUACCGCCCGGUCUAGCCGAGGUUGCGGAACAGCAAGAAGGAGGAAGGGCUGCACAGGCGAUGAGAGCAAAGGAAAUCGAGCGCAACGAAAAAUGGCGUAAGAUGGCCAAGGUUGUCAAAGCGGGGGCAGAUAAGGGGGGCAUGCUGUUUGAAUUCGAUACCAAAGACCCCAAGGUCAUCUCUCGCACAUGGAAGGGCAUACCUGAUCGCUGGAGGGCGACUGCGUGGUACUCGUUCCUUGCUGCGAGUGCCAAAGCCGACGCAAAUAGUCCAACAGAAGAGGAGCUCAUCGAAAGCUUUUACGAACUCCAGCUGGAGAGCUCUGCAGAGGAUGUGCAGAUUGAUGUUGAUGUACCUCGCACUAUCAACCGGCAUAUCAUGUUCCGGCGGCGGUACCGUGGAGGCCAGCGACUUCUAUUCCGCGUACUGCAUGCGAUGUCACUGUACUUGCCUGAAACUGGCUACGUCCAAGGCAUGGCUGCACUAACCGCAACGCUUCUUUGCUAUUACGAAGAGGACCGAGCUUUCGUCAUGCUAGUGCGAUUGUGGCAGCUUCGAGGCAUGGAAAGACUCUAUGAAGCUGGUUUCGAAGGACUCAUGGAGGCUCUAGAUGACUUUGAGCUGAACUGGCUGUGCGGAGGUGAUGUCGCAAAGAAGCUAAUUGAUCUUGGCAUUAGCUCGACCGCGUACGGUACCCGGUGGUACCUGACGCUGUUCAACUAUUCGUUACCUUUCCCCGCUCAGCUACGCGUCUGGGACGUGUUCAUGCUACUGGGCGACAAGUCUCAUUCCAACUCGCCGACGUCCAAGUUCAGUGGAGACAUGGAUGUGUUACAUGCUACAUCGGCUGCGCUUAUUGAUGCGACGAGAGAGAUCUUGCUGGACUCAGACUUCGAGAACGCGAUGAAGGUGUUGACCUCUUGGAUCCCUAUUAAAGACGAAGAGUUGUUGAUGCGCGUGGCGAAGGCUGAAUACAAGAUGCGGAAGAAGCGAGCCAAUGCUUAA